GACCCAGCUGGGAUCUUUGAACUGGUGGAGGUGGUGGGUAAUGGAACCUACGGUCAGGUGUACAAGGAUGAAGAGGAGGAGAUCAAGCUGGAGAUCAACAUGCUGAGAAGUUAUUCCCACCAUCGAAACAUUGCUACUUAUUAUGGUGCCUUUAUUAAGAAAGGCCCUGCUGGACAGGACCACCAGCUCUGGUUAGUGAUGGAGUACUGCGGAGCUGGUUCUGUCACAGACUUGGUGAAAAAGUCUAAAGGAAACAAUCUGAAAGAAGACUGGAUUGCCUACAUCUGCAGAGAGGUGCUCAGGUUGACUUUGGCGUGUCGGCACAGCUGGACAGAACGAUUGGUCGAAGGAACACUUUCAUUGGUACUCCUUAUUGGAUGGCUCCAGAGGUCAUCGCCUGUGACGAGAACCCUGAAGCCACAUAUGACUACAGGAGCGACCUCUGGUCUUUGGGCAUCACUGCUUUAGAAAUGGCUGAAGGAGCUCCACCUCUCUGUGACAUGCAUCCAAUGAGAGCUCUGUUCCUGAUUCCUCGAAACCCUCCACCCAAGCUGAAGUCCAAGAAAUGGUCGAAGCGKUUCUUGUCGUUCGUCGACAGCUGUCUAAUCAAAAACCACCUGCACCGCCCCGCCACAGACACUCUGCUGAAGCAUGCCUUCAUCAGAGACCUGAACAAUGAGAGACAGGUUCGCAUCAUGCUCAAAGACCACCUGGACCGAACCAGGAAGAAACGAGAGAAAGAGGGUCCAGAGUACGAGUACAGUGGCAGUGAUGAUGAAGAGGAUGAGGUACCAGAGGAGGAAGGUGAACCCAGCUCCAUAGUGAACGUUCCUGGUGAAUGGACGUUAAGACGGGAGUUUCUUAGUCUGCAAACGGAAGAUGGAGAUGGAGGACGAGACGGAGGUCAACAAAAGCAGGC